GUGAUGGGGUAGAGCUUUCUUUACAAGAGUACAGUACUUGUAAAGAUACAACAAGGAGGUUGGGCUGUCGUAUCUUGGGAGCAGCGUGAUUAUAAAAAUCGGCUGCAUCAAUGGCACGAAACGUCCUAAAGAGAGUGAUUGAUCCACGCCUCAGCUCAAACUCCUCAUACUUUCAGUGACAUCUUUCUACUUUUUAUUUUCAUCUUUAAUUAAUUGUUUUUUGCUAUUCUUUUGUCUAUUUUCUUUUCUAUUUAUUUUUUACGAGGAACAAUAUGGCAUGCCCGCUAGACGCUGCACACUCUUCCUGUGUGCCCGUGGCUGUAGCUUCGUGCCAUGAUGCCCUUGACUUCGGCCCCCAGACUCGCGUACCGUGACAAGGGUUGACUCAUGAAUUCAUGUAGGACUGAGUUCCUUGAACAAAUCAAAAUGGAUACUGUACAUGACAAUGUGCAUGAAGAUAUUCCAGAAACGUUUGAGAAUAGGGAAGAGAUCAUAGCUUCCAUCCCAAGUUAUGAGGAUCCACAUAUCAAGGUUCCCAAAGUAUUGACCAAACCAAAGAGUGAUUCUCCUUGACUGAGCAUGUCCUUUCUUCUCUACCAGACCAGCUUCAUUUUAAUUUGUAAUCCAGGGUAUUUUAGUUAUCUUGUUAUGAACCCUGAUCCAUUCAAUUCUUGGAUUCUUUUUUUUUUUUUUUCUGGGGGGGGUGGGGUGGUUUGGGUACAAUUUCUCAGUGGAGUUGAAAUGCACCUA